AUGGCUCGCACCAAGCAGACGGCGCGGAAGUCGACGGGCGGCAAGGCGCCGCGCAAGCAGUUGGCCACCAAGGUGGCUCGUAAGAGCGCCCCGGCCACGGGCGGCGUGAAGAAGCCACACCGCUACCGGCCCGGCACGGUGGCGCUGCGUGAGAUCCGCCGCUACCAGAAGUCCACAGAGCUGCUGAUCCGCAAGCUGCCCUUCCAGAGGCUGGUGCGGGAGAUCGCGCAGGACUUUAAGACCGACCUGCGCUUCCAGAGCUCGGCCGUGAUGGCGCUGCAGGAGGCGUGUGAGGCGUACCUCGUGGCGCUCUUCGAGGACACCAACCUGUGCGCCAUCCACGCUAAGCGCGUCACCAUCAUGCCGAAGGACGUCCAGCUGGCACGCCGCAUCCGCGGGGAGCGGGCUUAGGCCUCAGGCCUCU